AGACGGGCGGCCCGGAGCUCAGGCGGGACACAGCGCCGGCGGGCGCCCGGCCGGCCGGCGGGGCUGCCCGGCGCGGGUGUCCCGGCGAUGUGUGGCGCUGAAGCGGCAUCGGGAGCAGCGGCGGCGGCGGCGGCGGCGGCCGGCUCGGGCUCGGCUUCUCAGCGGUGCCGGCGGCGGAGACGGAGGCGCAGGUUCCUCAUUAGGACCUGGCGAGCCCAGGCCUAAUCGGCGGCCCCGCGAGGCCUCUGCAUAGCGCCCCGGACGGGGACCCUCCCCGCCUCGCCCUGCCCCGGGAGCCUGCCUCCCCGGCCGGGGAUGAAGCCGGGAGGCGGCCGCACGGGGCCCAGCACAAAGGCUUGUCCCCGGGGGCCGCCGCCGCCAGCCUAGAGCCGCCCACCGAAGCGGAGCCGGCGCCGGGGCCCUCAUCCCCGCCGGUCCCUGGGGACGGCUGCUGCCGGUCUCCCCGAGGCCCAGGGGCCCGAGCGCCGAGCCCCUUGCUCCCCCGGCUACGGUGGGACCGGGCACCUGUGCAGCCUCCGCCGCUCCCGGCCGUAGAGGCCCCAAGGAGCAUGUCCGAGGAGAGCGACAUGGAGAAAGCCAUCAAGAACCUCAGGUACAAUGUUGAAAGAAAGUGGCAAAAGUGGACAUCUUGCCUUGUUCCUGAUCUCAGGGGGAAAGCAUUAAAGACUUAUCACUAAGAAACCUCCAUUUUAGAGGAAUACAAUAUCAAUUGGACUCAGAAGCUGGGAGCUGGAAUUAGUGGUCCAGUUAGAGUCUGUGUAAAGAAAUCUACUCAAGAACGGUUUGCACUGAAAAUUCUUUUUGAUCGUCCAAAAGCUAGAAACGAGGUACGUCUGCACAUGAUGUGUGCCACACACCCAAAUAUAGUUCAAAUUAUCGAAGUGUUUGCUAACAGUGUACAGUUUCCUCAUGAGUCCAGCCCCAGGGCUCGACUCUUAAUUGUAAUGGAGAUGAUGGAAGGGGGAGAGCUAUUUCACAGAAUCAGCCAGCACCGGCACUUUACAGAGAAGCAAGCCAGCCAAGUAACAAAGCAGGCAACUUUGGCUCUACAGCACUGUCACUUGUUAAACAUCGCUCACAGAGACCUCAAGCCUGAAAAUCUGCUCUUCAAGGAUAACUCUUUGGAUGCCCCAGUGAAGUUGUGUGACUUUGGAUUUGCCAAAAUUGACCAAGGUGACUUGAUGACACCCCAGUUCACCCCUUAUUAUGUUGCACCUCAGGUAUUGGAGGCACAGAGAAGGCAUCAGAAGGAGAAAUCUGGCAUCAUACCUACCUCGCCAACACCCUACACUUACAACAAGAGCUGUGACUUGUGGUCCCUAGGGGUGAUUAUCUACGUGAUGUUGUGCGGAUAUCCUCCUUUUUACUCCAAACACCACAGCCGAACUAUCCCAAAGGAUAUGCGGAGAAAGAUCAUGACAGGCAGUUUUGAGUUCCCAGAAGAAGAGUGGAGCCAGAUUUCAGAGAUGGCCAAAGAUGUUGUGAGGAAGCUCUUGAAGGUCAAACCAGAGGAAAGACUCACCAUCGAGGGAGUAUUGGACCACCCGUGGCUCAACUCGACUGAGGCCUUGGAUAAUGUGCUACCCUCUGCUCAACUGAUGAUGGAUAAGGCGGUGGUUGCAGGAAUCCAGCAGGCUCACGCGGAACAGUUGGCCAACAUGAGAAUCCAGGAUCUGAAAGUCAGCCUCAAACCCCUGCACUCUGUGAACAACCCCAUUCUGAGGAAGAGGAAAUUACUCGGCACCAAGCCAAAGGACGGUGUUUAUAUCCAUGACCGGGAGAAUGGAGCCGAGGAUUCAAAUGUUGCCUUGGAAAAGCUCCGAGAUGUGAUUGCUCAGUGUAUUCUCCCCCAGGCUGGUAAAGGAGAGAAUGAAGAUGAAAAGUUGAAUGAAGUAAUGCAGGAGGCUUGGAAGUAUAACCGGGAAUGCAAACUUCUAAGAGAUACUCUGCAAAGCUUCAGCUGGAAUGGUCGUGGAUUCACAGAUAAAGUAGAUCGGCUAAAACUGGCAGAAAUUGUGAAGCAAGUGAUAGAAGAGCAAACCAUGUCCCAUGAAUCCCAAUAAUGACAGCUUCAGACUUUGUUUUUUUAAUAAUUUGAAAAUUAUUCUUUAAUGUAUAAAGUAAUUUUUAUGUAAAUUAAUAAAUCAUAAUUUCAUUUCCACAUUACUUAAAGAUGCUGUAUAGAUUUAGAUACAGGACUUAUUCAUAGUAUAGUUCAUUUGUUUGUUUUUAAGAAAAGCUCAGUUUCUAGAGAUAUACUAUUACUCUAGGACUGUUUUCUCAUAUGUUUGUAAGAUGACAGAUGGUAUUGUCAAACAAGAUUAUUUUAUUUGUAAUAAAGUGUACAAAACCAUUUGCCAGUGGUAGACAAAGGACUGACUAUACUGACCUGUUUAGUAAACAGUUGAAUCAAGUACUGUGCAAUCUGGUUUCACUUGCCCUGUGUAUUUGCUUUCUGCACGAUUGGUAGAUUACCUCUGGUGCCAAAAAAUUUUUG